CUGCGCCGUGAUUGGUUGUUAGAAGCACGUGGUGUUUGUGGCGCAUUGAUCAAGAUGGCGGCGGAUCCAGCGCGAGUGUGGAACGAGGAGCAGCUCAAGACUGAAGAAGUGCCUAAAAAAGAGCUCAUCAAAUUCAUCCAGGACAACGCAGCACACUCGUUUCUAGCGGAACACAAACUUCUUGGAAACAUCAAGAAUGUGGCAAAGACGGCCAAAAAAGAGCAGCUGAUUGAAGCGUAUAACCAGCUGUUUGAGAGCAAGAGGUUUAAGGGCACAGAAGUGGAGCUGGUGACAGAAGAGGUUCAAGCUGUGAAAAUCCACGACAAUCCCAAAGAAAGCAAGACGGAGGCAGUGGAUGAGGGUCCUCCGAAGUUCACGAAGUCCAUCCUGAAGAAAGGAGACAAGACCAACUUCCCGAGGAAGGGCGACACGGUGAGCUGCUGGUACAGCGGGACGCUGGAGGACGGGACCGUCUUCGACACCAACAUCCCCGCAUCUGCAAAAAAGAAGAAACAGUCCAAACCGCUGAGCUUCAAGGUCGGGUUGGGCCGAGUGAUCCGAGGGUGGGACGAAGGUCUGCUGACAAUGAGUAAAGGCGAGACGGCGAGGCUGGAGAUCGAGUCGGACUGGGCGUACGGGCGGAAAGGCCUUCCGGAUUCAAAAAUCCCACCCAACGCAAAGCUGAUAUUCGAGGUGGAGCUGGUCUCUAUUGAUUAAUCAUCUCGACCGACAGGAACCACACGACAAGCGCUGACGGCGGUUUGGAGGAACGUUUGUUUGAGAGGAUGAAACGUGUUCAUGAUUAUCACAUGAUGUUCAGUCUGACAGAAGUUUUCUGACUAUUUUUGCAUGAUUGUAAAGCUGCAAUAAACACAAACUCUGAA